UUCCUCGAUUGGUUUCUACGGGAAACUGUCUGACAAAGUAAGUUGCAACGUGCAGAUGGCUCGCAGUGGAAGAGAGAAACCAGAUAUCUCUCCUGAGGAGUUCAAACUGCUUGAAAACGCGAUGAAAAAUGAACAGUUCAAGAAGAUGUUUGUGGAAUACGCGAACGAACUAGCAAACCCGGAAAACAGAAAACUAUAUGAAGAAGAAAUCGCUAGAAUGGAAGCCGAUAAAGGGAAACGUGUACAAGUUGUUAUUCCGAAGCCAAGUUUUGUUGCUAAGACAGCGUAUGUAGAUGGAGGUAAGAAGGUAUUUAUCAACAUGUGUGAGUCAGACAAAGUUGGGAAAUCUGAGUUUAGAAAUGCAGAAUAUCAUGAAAAACAAGGUCAACAUUGGCAAAUUCCUUUCUCUUUCACAUUUGCACGAGAAGACUUGGACAGCAGUGGGAAGCGAGUUGAUGUCUUUGAGGCUAUAUUUCAUCCUGACACGUGUGAACACGGGCUUAGGGAUAUUCGAUUUCGGAAGUUGAUGCUCGACUCAGCAAUGAGUGGGAUUGAGAAAAAGAACAAAGUUCAAUUUGACAGAAAAAGGAUUCGAUUUCCAAAGAUGAAAUUUAAAGGAACACCAAAGCCCUUAGUGAUACGAAAGGAGACUACAGAGGGUCAAGACGUGGAGACAUCUCAUCAAGACAAGGCCCAACCUAAACAUGAUGAACAGUCAAUGAAAGAGCAAGCUUUGGAUGAGAACGACAAACAGCAAGCUAAAGGCAAAGCUCGAGACAAGCAAGACACACAGCUGGCGAAGGGUACAGUACAGAGUGAAUGUGAUGCUUUACAGCAAGUGAGAGGUGAACGUCUUGAUGAGAGUGAUUCACAGUCAACGAAGGAAAUAGACAAAUGUAACGAGGAUUUGUGUACAAAUGAUGUCGUUAUGGAAGUGCCACACUAUACUGUUGUUCACCGAGGGUUUGUUGACUUUCAAGACUACACAUUAGCAAGAGAUGCUGCUCCUGCCAAACGUCCUCGAGAGUUGGUAGUUAGUGUGGAGUUGCCUCGAUGUAAAUCUGCAUCGUCGGUCAGUCUUGAUGUCUUUGAAAAGAAGAUCAUUUUGGAGAGUAAAAAGCAAAGAUAUGGCCUUGAUUUGUCACUUCCAUAUCCAAUUGAUGAUAGCAAAGGAGAAGCAAAGUUUGAUAAGUCUAAACGACGUCUGACUAUAACACUAUCUGUAAUACCAGUAACAAUGUCACAAAAGGAUUUGCAAGCUGCAAAUGAAACCACCUUCACAGGUUCCUGUCCGCACUACACGUUUCAGCAAGAUGAAGAAACCGCCACAUUUAUUCUACAUGUUUCACACGUUAGCAUUGAUUCUAUAACAAAGAAUAUUUCACCUGAUAAGGUGGACUUGAAAUUUCAAAAUUAUUCAGAAAAUGACCGCAAUGAAUACACUUGCUAUUCAUUCUGUGUACUGUUUGCCUCAGGACAUGAAAUUGUAGUUGACAAGACUAACAUAGAGGUUUUACGUGAAACAGUGAUUAUUUUAGUUUGGAAAGACCCACAAUGUCAGGGAAUAUGGCAGUCAUUCCAGGCUGGUGCUUCGGCAGAUUGUUUAGAAGAAAGGAUGUUCUUGACUGUAGAGAAUGUGGCAGAUGCUGUGAAGAAGAUAGAAGACCCUAGGAAUGACCCAUGGAGAUCAGAGGAAGCUCAAUCAUUUACAUGCACAGUGUCUGAGAUGACUGACCAGCAUGUCACUGUUCAGCUAGAUCAGUCCCCUCAAACAAAGGUGGACACCAGUGUGGACACUAAGGAAUGUCAAUUGCAAACAGAUGAGACAGCACCUGUUGUAGUAGAGAAACCAGUGAGUUAUGAUGUUGAUACAGAAGGCAAGAAAGUGGUAGCUCAAAAGACACAAAACAACAAUGUGAGCCAUUGUUGGCCGAGAUUAGAGGAAGAAUGCAAAGCUCAAAGAGACAUUAGUCGCGUGGCAAGUGAAGACAAACAUAGCGCAGAUAGGGGAGGAACAGACAGUAAGACACAUACUAGUGGAGACGAAGAGGUGGACGUUCAUACAGAAUGUGAGCAAUUAGCAGAAACAAUUGAGAAGGAGACUGCAUCAACAUCAGACGAGGAUAUCAAGUUAUUGAUAGAAGACAAAGUGGCAGACAGCAGUAGUGAUUUUCAUCAGACCCACGUUCAGUUGUCAAGUUCAAUGAUGUUUGAUUUGGACUACUGAAGGUUCUCUGGUUUAUAGUUCAUGGUAUUUGUUUGUAUUAUGUAUACAGUGCAUAGCUGUUUACAUGUACACCAAAAGCAUUUGAAAAGAUAACAUAAUGUAAUUUGCUUUAGCAAGUAAUCGUGUACUGUACCAGUAUCUACAACUACUAGUAUUAAACACUGGCACAAACCGUUCUUCAACUUCUUUAAUUUAGUGUAAUCAUUUGCAAUUGCUUUCCCUAUUAGCCCAUACCACAAGUGAUUUGUAUCAUGCAAGCUUACA